UCUCAGCCUGGCAGAGUAAGAAGAACAUAGUUGAUACAAAAAAUAUCAAGGCCUUUGGUGGGGGGGGAAAGCUGUCCCAUUUUCCCAUUGAAAUAUAAAUGAAGAAAGGUGAUUGCCUGCCUGCCUGUCUACUUUUAUCUUGCUUAACUGAUGUGUGUAACAGUAUAGUCCUUUGCAACAAUGGCUUUUGUUUUGAGAGUUGUCGAUGGAUUGAUAAGCAGGCGUCAUAUAGGUUAAAUAUUUUUAAUUGUAUGAUUGGGUUAUUCUUUUCUCUGACUUUAAUAAUUGUGCGGUAUUUAGCCAGUUCGGUUUUAUUUAAUAAAUAAGUCAUCCUAGCAAGCUAAUAGUAAGUGCACAGAAACUUGGUCCAAGUAAAUAUGUUGUAUUCACUCUUGAGUGCUCUUGAGUUCCUUUUUUUCCCUUUUUUUCUUUUUGCUCUGUUAAUAAAAUACUAAUGUUAUAAUCUCCUCUCCAGAUUAGCUUGGAGCUGGAAUUCUUGCUGGUUUAGGCUGCAGCCAUGAGAUACUCAGUACUUCUGAAAGGAACGCUGUAUUCAAGAUGGUGACCUCAAUUCCAUUGACAGAAUGAGAUAUCUGGAGAUGAAACAGAAUGUUUACCCUUGCAGAAGUUGCAUCUCUGAAUGACAUACAGCCAACUUACCGAAUUCUGAAACCAUGGUGGGAUGUAUUUAUGGAUUAUCUGGCAGUUGUAAUGCUAAUGGUUGCCAUCUUUGCUGGAACCAUGCAGUUGACCAAAGAUCAGGUGGUUUGUUUGCCUGUGUUACAGUCUGCUGUAAGUGCGAAAAUGCAACCCAGCUCCUUGGGAAGUGCCAAAGCUACAAAUAUGCCAGAGUCCGAAACUAUUCAGGACAAAGACAAACAGGCAUCCAUGGCUGUAUCUCUUGACACGACACCUGUCACUACGCCUGAUGUACGUACAACUGACUAUCCCCCAUUACACUCAACUGCUGCAAGUCAGGAAGCAAAGAAGGAACAGAAAGAUUUCCUGGGCCGUAAGACUAACUUGGAUUAUCAGCAAUAUGUUUUCAUUAACCAGAUGUGUUAUCAUGUGGCUCUUCCUUGGUAUUCAAAGUACUUUCCCUACCUAGCUCUUAUACACACAAUUAUUUUGAUGGUCAGUAGCAAUUUUUGGUUUAAAUACCCCAAAACCUGCUCAAAAAUUGAGCAUUUUGUCUCUAUUUUAGGAAAAUGCUUUGAAUCCCCUUGGACUACAAAAGCGUUGUCUGAAACGGCAUGUGAGGACUCUGAGGAGAAUAAACAGAGACUAACUGGAGCCCAAUCCCUGCCAAAGCAUGUCUCAACUAGUAGUGAUGAAGGAAGUCCAAAUGCCAGUACCCCCAUGAUAAACAAGACUGGUUUCAAGUUUUCAGCAGAAAAGCCAGUUAUUGAAGUCCCGGGUAUGACCAUUUUGGACAAAAAAGAUGGAGAGCAAGCCAAAGCACUCUUUGAAAAAGUACGGAAAUUCCGGGCCCACGUGGAGGACAGCGAUUUGAUUUAUAAACUCUACGUUGUUCAGACUGUCAUCAAAACUGUAAAAUUCAUAUUUAUUCUCUGCUACACAGCAAAUUUUGUCAAUGAAAUCAGCUUUGAGCAUAUUUGCAUGCCCAAAGUGGAACAUCUGACUGGCUACCAAGAAUUUGAAUGCACCCACAAUAUGGCUUACAUGUUAAAAAAGUUGCUUAUUAGUUAUAUUUCUCUCAUCUGUGUCUAUGGUUUUGUCUGUCUGUACACUCUCUUCUGGUUGUUUCGGUUACCCCUCAAGGAGUACUCUUUUGAAAAAGUUAGAGAGGAGAGCAGUUUCAGCGAUAUUCCAGAUGUUAAAAAUGAUUUUGCUUUUCUCUUGCACAUGGUUGACCAGUACGAUCAGCUAUACUCCAAGAGGUUUGGUGUAUUUCUGUCAGAGGUCAGUGAAAAUAAACUGAGGGAAAUAAGUUUGAACCACGAAUGGACUUUUGAGAAAUUGAGGCAACACGUUUCUCGCAAUGCUCAGGAUAAGCAAGAAUUACAUCUUUUCAUGCUAUCGGGAGUCCCGGAUGCGGUUUUUGACUUGACAGAUUUAGAUGUGUUAAAGCUUGAGCUGAUUCCUGAAGCAAAAAUCCCUGCUAAAAUAUCCCAGAUGACUAACCUUCAAGAGCUACAUCUCUAUCAUUGCCCUGCCAAGGUGGAGCAGACAGCCUUCAGUUUUCUUCGGGACCACCUGAGAUGCCUGCAUGUGAAAUUUACUGAUGUUGCAGAGAUACCAGCUUGGGUAUACUUACUUAAAAAUCUCCGAGAGUUGUAUUUGGUAGGCAACUUGAAUUCUGAAAACAAUAAAAUGAUAGGACUUGAAUCGCUUAGAGAAUUAAGGCACCUUAAGAUUCUCUAUGUGAAAAGCAAUUUGACCAAAAUUCCAUCUAACAUCACAGAUGUAGCACCACAUCUAACCAAGCUGGUCAUUCACAAUGAUGGUACCAAGCUUUUUGUACUGAAUAGCCUUAAGAAAAUGAUGAAUGUAGCAGAAUUAGAGCUGCAGAACUGUGAACUGGAACGUAUUCCCCAUGCCAUUUUUAGUCUCACUAACUUGCAGGAACUAGACCUAAAGUCAAACAGUAUACGCACAAUUGAAGAAGUCAUCAGCUUCCAACAUUUAAAAAGACUAACUUGUCUGAAAUUGUGGCACAAUAAAAUAGUUAACAUUCCUUCUUCCAUUACCCAUGUUAAAAACUUGGAGUCGCUUUAUCUCUCCAAUAAUAAACUCGAAUCCUUACCUGUUGCAGUAUUCAGUUUACAAAAACUCAGAUGCUUGGAUGUAAGCUACAACUCCAUCGCGGUGAUUCCUGUGGAAAUAGGGUUGCUUCAAAAUCUCCAGCACUUGCAUAUCACAGGAAAUAAAGUGGAAGUUUUGCCAAAACAACUGUUUAAGUGCUCCAAGUUGAGAACUUUGAGUUUGGGACAAAAUUGCAUCACCUCAAUUCCAGAAAAAAUUGGCCAGCUGUUGCAACUAACUAACUUAGAGCUGAAGGGGAACUGUUUAGAUCGUCUACCAGCUACUUUGGGUCAGUGUCGGCUUCUCAGGAAAAGUGGACUAAUUGUAGAAGAUCAUCUUUUUGAUACAUUGUCCUCAGAAGUGAAAGAAGCAUUGAAUCAAGAUACAAGCAUUCCCUUUGCUAAUGGGAUUUAAACAGAGCACACUAAUAAAAUGUCGUGUUGAAAAUUUGGAACUUUUUUCUUUUUUGUAAGAAAGGACUGUUAAGCCCGGUAGAAUCUCCUUUGGUGUUUGUAGUAUUUUUAAACAUCACUUCCAAAAUUUUGGGAUGGCAAAGAAGGGUUGGGGAAUCGUUAAAACAAUCUUGAUUUUUGUUUCCCUUAUGUUUGUAACAUGGAUGCUGCCGCUUUUGAAUGUUUACAAAUUGCUUGCCUGCUUAACGUACAUGAUUAAAUUGGUGACCUUUUCUUACUAUAAAUAAUUUCAAACGGCUCUGUUCAUUUAGCGUUGUGUUAAAGGCCAGAUAUUUCUUUACUUUAUAAAUUUGGAGUGAUAAUUCAAGCAAGUAUUAUUCUUAUUGAUCAACAAGGAAAAUUUAUAGAUAAUUCAAUAGUAAGUAAUUCAAUUUAGUUUUCAUCUGCCCUCAAUAGGUAAUUAGUAGAGACUAAAAGAAUUGUUUUCAUUUACCAUCCUUCACUUUGAAAAAAUACUAAAAUGUCCUAAUCUUUCUCUGCUAAAUGCCUCUUAGACUAUUUAAAAUAGAUGUUUCUUGUUUUAGGGAUAUCAUUACACAUGAAAAGUUUUUUUAAAAUUGCCUUAGCUUUUGUUCUAAGUCAGGAAAUAGAAAUGACUUGUAAAAAAAUUUAAAAUCCAGAAAAUCUUUAAAAAGAAGUGAAACAAAUUGCAUAAUGGUUAAAGUAAACCAGUAAGGCUUGACUAGGCCAGUGGCAGAUAAUAUUUAUGCUCUGCAGUGCUAGCAGCGUGUGGAAGAAUUCUUGCUUUAUCAAAUGAUACAGAAUGUACGUCAUCAAGAAGCGCGCUUCGAGUGUCUUUGCAAAACAACGUGGAAUUUCUUCAAAGCAGGCAGUUGUGCAUUGGUAGCCCUGGUUUCUCCCUCUUUAACCCCUCAGGUAGAAAUCAGUAUGAAUGAACUCAACAUUCUGCCCAACCACACGGAGAAAGCAUUUUCAGCCAGCAGAAUAUGGUUGCCAUAGUAGUUUAGAUAUAAAAGCCACUUUGGCACAGGUACCAAGGGCAAAGAAAUCACAGAGGUUCCUGGUUAAAUGAGUUUGUCUUCCAUUCUACUCCCUAUUAUAGGAGUAUCCAACCUUAGCAACUUUAAAACCGGUAGACUUCAACAAGUUGUGGGCUGGCUGGGGAAUUCUGGGAGUUGAAGUUUACCCGUCUUAAAGUUGCCAAGGUUGGACACCCCUGCCGUAAAACAAAUAUACCUGCAAUAUAAAUACUGCUGAUUUGUCCAUUUACAAUAUGGCAACAAAGACAGCUGGACCUGCAGAAGAAAGAGGAUGCUUGGGAGAAAGCGAAUCAAAAGACACUGACUUAUCCUGUGAUAAUUCAAAUCUAAUUGAGGAAGCAAAUCCCUUUAUCGGAAUAGAAGGAAUCAUCUGGGAAAAGACAUGCUAUGAAAAUAAGGGAUGCCGGAGCACAUGCCUGAUGAUAAUGAGCUUGCAUUUCAAUACAUAGAGAUGUGAACAUGGGCAUUGCAUUUUCAGUGGCGCUCAGAAACACCUUUGCACAUCUGGACCACAGCCACCAUCACAAAAGGGGGGGGGGAAAGCUACAUCAGUUAAAGAGCAGCUCUCUGAUCAGCAGCAGCCAAAUCAGAUGCAGCGUUAGCGCUCAAACUCAAUCCGUGCUUGGCUUGUUUACUACUUCAGUUGUUGUCUUAUGUAAGCUGGUCAGUUACCA